GAUGAAAUUGCCAUAAUAUUAGAACAACACCUCGAGAAAAAUGAAGGUGACACUGAUGAAAAAAUUUGGCCCAUCAUUUGGGAUUUUGCUGGACAGGACAUCUAUCGUGCUAUACAUCCGAUCUUUAUGUCCUCAGAUGACAUUUAUCUUCUCGUGUUUGAUCUUACAAAGAAAUUGAGUGAAAAAGCAGAAUAUCGAGUCAAUGUGGGACACAAAGAGCUCACUGCAGUAGCCCGCGAUGGUGAAGACACCAAUUUGGAUCACUUGUUAAGGUGGAUGGACUUGAUUCACUCUUUAAAGAAGGAUUUUCAGAGUGAUGGUACUUCGUAUCCUCCAGUCAUACUUGUCGGUACCCAUGCUGACGGUGUAGACGAUCCACGUAAAGUAAUUGACUCUGUAGUAGGAGAGAAGGGUGUGUUUGAUAAAAAAAACUUAUUUACCACACAUCGAUAGUCACCUUCCGAUUGAAAACUCAAAAUCUGGAGAAUCAGCCGACCACGAGAAGGAAAUCGGUGAAUUGCGAAAAAAGAUCUUGGAAUUGGCUGAUAAAAUGCCUCAUACCAAGAGAAAAAUCCCUUUGCAGUGGCAUCGUGUUGAGAAAGAAAUCAGCCAACCCGUCUGGCAAAAUCAAAAAUACCUCCAAAAGGAAGCUUUUCGAAAAGAUAUUGUUUCACACCACUGCACUUUUAAGAGGGAGGAAGACUUUGAUGAGCUUGUGUAUUUUUUGCAUGGCCGUGGAACAAUAGUGUACCAUGAACAUGAUAAAAAGAAAGAUGGUCUCAUAGUCUUGAAUCCCCAGUGGUCAAUCAAUGUGCUCUGUGAGAUUAUCAAAGUGAAACCGGAUAAGGACGAAAAGCUGUGGAUAAAAGAAGAUCGCAAGGAAUUAAAGAAUAAAGGAGUUCUCAGUGGACGGUUAAUUGAUUAUACGUGUAGCAAAGAAAACGUGGAUCUUAUCAAAGACUCUUUGAUCUCUUUAAUGGAUAAGUUCAACCUCAUUUGCAAGUGGCCAGAGAAAACAGAAGAAACAAGAACAGGAGAAUCGCAAGUCCUGGUCCCCUGUAUGCUGACUACCUUUUAUGAAGGCAAGAAAGAAAAAGAAAAAGAAGAAGAAAACGCGGCACCGAUUUACCUCACCUUUCGACCUAAAUACGUACCGUUUGGACUGUUCUGCCGACUAGUUGUGCUGUUUGGAAAAACUCCUCAGUUUAAUAAUACGUAUGAACUGUACGCUAAUAAAGCCAGAUUUGCCUUGGACAAUAAAAACCAUGUUCUUCAAUUGUUGUGCUACAAGAGUGUCAUUAAGCUGCAAAUU